AUGGCGACUGACGAAGCGGUGCAGGAGAAAAAUCUCGGCAACGAAGCCUACAAGAAAAAGGAUUUUUCAACAGCACAUAUUCACUACGAUAAAGCAAUCGAGUUGGAUCCGACGAAUAUCGCUUUUUACACGAAUAAAGCUGCGGCACUCUUUGAAGAGUCAAGAUUUGACGAAUGUAUUGAGUUAUGCAAAAAAGCCGUCGAUAUUGGAAGAGAUAAUCGAGCUGAUUAUCAAAUGAUCGCAAAAGCAAUGGCUAGAGCCGGGAAUGCGUAUUUGAAAAAGGAAGAGCUGAAAGAGGCGCUGCUUUGGUUUCAAAAAUCUCUUUCUGAACACAGGGAUCAGGAAUUAGUGAAAAAGGCGAAAACUCUUGAGGCGCAGAUAAAAGAAGCUGAAAAGCUGGCUUACCUAAAUCCAGAAAUGGCCGAAGAGGAGAAACAAAAGGGAAAUGAGUACUUCAAGAAAGGCGACUACCCAACAGCGAUGAAGCACUACAAUGAGGCGAUAAAGCGCCACCCUGACAACGCCGUUUUAUACUCGAAUCGAGCCGCUUGCUACACAAAGUUGAUGGACUUUCAACGAGCGCUCGAAGACUGCGAAAGUUGCAUUCGAAGAGACAAAAAAUUCAUCAAGGGCUACAUCAGAAAAGGCUCGUGUCUGCUAGCGAUGAAGGAGUUCACGAAAGCGCAAGAGGCCUACGAACAGGCGCUCUCCAUUGAUCCGGCGAAUGCUGAAGCGAUGCAAGGCUUGCGGCAAUCGAUCUCCAACUCUGAUGCCACUCCGGAACAGGUUCGCGAAAGAGCGCUGAAAGAUCCCGAAGUACAGGAGAUUCUCAGGGACCCGGGAAUGCGAAUGAUUUUAGAACAAAUGAGUCAAGACCCUGGCGCUGUGAGAGAGCACCUCGCCAACCCGGAGAUCGCGAAAAAGAUUUUGAAGCUGAAACAAGCGGGGAUCAUCCAGAUGCAU